AAAAUAUAAAAGAAAAAAUUAUUUGGUGUUGCCGGUUUGAGUAAAGCGUUCACAAAAAUGAAGUUGGUUAGAUUUCUCAUGAAACUAAGUCACGAAACGGUGACCAUCGAAUUGAAGAAUGGUACCCAAAUCCACGGCACAAUCACAGGAGUUGAUGUUGCAAUGAAUACACAUUUGAAGUCUGUCAAAAUGACAAUCAAAAAUAGGGACCCAGUACAAUUGGAAUCUCUCAGUAUUCGCGGUAACAAUAUACGGUAUUUUAUACUUCCUGAUAGUUUACCCCUCGAAACACUGCUCAUCGACGAUACACCGAAAUCUAAAACGAAGAAGAAAGAUAGUAGUCGCGCAGGUAAUCGUGGCAGAGGACGCGGUACGCGUGGUCGCGGUGGUCCACGCGGACGUGGGCGUGGAAGAGCUUCUGGUAGACGAUAAGUUUUUAUAAUACUAUGCUGGAUUAAAAUAAAAUAGAAAAAUGAAAUAAGGAAACUGGAUCUUUGUUAAU